AUGGCCCCCGUCGCAUACUUUCCCUUGCCUCCCAGUUCCAGUACAGCAGCGACACGCGAAGCGAUAAGCCAGCGUCACUACGAUCCAACGCCAACGAACACGGUUCCGGGUGAGCUGCAUCAGAUUCGGGCAUACGUGGACGCGAUGAAUACCCGCAUCGGAUACCUUGAAGGGCUCCUCGAACCUUCGUCCGUCGAUCAGGUUACGGAGAUCAAGCGAGGACUAAAGGGCACGCAUAAAGGAUUGGAGAAGCUGCAAACAAGGGUCAGCAAUCGCUCUAUUUCCACUGCCAUUGCGGAAAUCAAAAGGAAAGCAUGGCAGGCAUACCGACGGCUAGUGUUCUUCGAAGAGUACCUGCGAGAAAUGGGGAUGCCUAGAGAGAUCCAGGGGCAAGGAAGCAGGCAGCAUGCAGUGGCAUACGCCUCUUCAGAAGCCAGUCAACCCCGGGUGCCUGAGAUGAGUUGGCUGAACGAUGCGGAAGAAGGCGAUGAGGACAAUGAGCAAGACACGUACAUGUCGGGCGCGCUGCCGUAUGGGACCUACGUCCAAGACGACGCAGGUCCGCUCCAGUACCCAUUCGAAGCAGAAGAGGACCCAAGCGACGGAGUCAUUACGCUUCCGAAUGGCGCGUAUACGCGACCGAAUGGAAUCCACUUCGAUGAAGGCGUCCGGGGAGGCACGAGCGUUAGGCAUUACCCAAGGCUCGUUAACCACAAGCAAAGAGCAGUCCAUAUCGGCUGCCAUCUAACGAAGACCCGCGCAGAAGUCGAACAGAGCAUUGCGGAAGAGGAGAGAUUCGGUUCGUUUGCCAUGAAUGAUCCAGAUCGACAGAGGGAAGGGAGUGUCACCGGUUUCUUUGCGGCAUUCGCGAUCCUGAACGGCAUCGACGACCCCUCGUACUACCUCCCAAAGCUGAAAUUUGUCAAGAUUCAUGAAUUAAGAGCUCUGAAGGGGUGGCUGGUAGCCCAUAAAUACCUCCGCCGUUCUGGAAGCAUCAGCAGAUUAGAAAAACUGCUGCAUUUGCUCUUUCUCCUGCAGGGCGGGGGACGAAUAGAGAGUUGGGCUGUCGUGUUUUCGCGCACGCCGAGAGAGGUGCAAGAUGCGUGCAACGAGGUCUUCGAAGGGCUCCUCGAACUGCACAGCGAGACUCUGCUACCUCAACGACCGCAUCAACACGUCCAUGAUGGCCUUUGGGGGAUUAGCGAGAGAUACCUCGUCAAUUUCGGGAAUCCCAGCACCAACUACGGCGAGCGAUCCUACGGGUGGAAGAUGGAUGACGUGUGGAAGGUUCUUGCAACUCUCAACCUAUUCAUAGGCCGCUAUCGACAGCAGGGCAAUUUUGCGCUGGACGGACCGUACCACGCUUGGUGGGUGUACUUCCAAGAAGCUGGGGAUUUCAGGCACGAUUGAGCAUGUCUACGGCAGCUGCUGACCGCGGUGGCUUCGAAACGCGGGGCUCUCGUACGAAGUACACAGUACUCCGUAG